AUGAUCAAUGGAUUGCCAAUAGCUAACAGAAAUAUCACCUGUCUCAAAGCGAUCGAGCGAACGUUUCUAGGAUACCUUCGCACAUCACUAGCUACGGCUGUCCUAGGGACUGUAGUAGCGCAGCUCUUCGCCUUGCAGGCGUCAGAUACAGGCUUCGGAUAUACGGCCGUGGGUAAACCGCUCGCUACCUUGUGCUACAGCUUCUCGAUCUGUAUCGUUUUGCUGGGAGCGUUCCGAGCCUGGAGGCUCCAGCACGCCAUGUUUGCUGGUAAGGCGUUAGCCGGAGGGUUCGAACUAACAACGCUCGCGUUGGGGUUCUUGAUUCUGUCGUUAGUCUUCUUUGGCUUUCUAAUUGCUCUCGAUGUAGUCAAAGAGUCUUCGAGCUAG